AUGGAAGUUGACACUGGUGCAGCCCCUACCAUCAUUAGCAAAGAAACGUUCAAGGAAAUUAAUCAGGGACAUUCAGCGAAGAAGAAACGUGAAAUGAAACCUGCUCAUGUGAAACUUCGCACAUACAAAGGUGAAUUAAUCAAAGUUCUAGGAACUGUAGACGUUGUUCUGCAAUAUGAAGGGCAAAAAAACGAGCUGUCAACACUGGUAGUGGAAGGACCUGGACCGAGUUUGCUUGCAAGAGACUGGUUGAAAGAAGUGAAGCUUGACUGUAAGAAAUUGUUCAAAAUGAAUAUGGAUGAAAAGCUGGUGGAAUCUUGGCUUGAGAAAUUGAUCAAUCAGUGUUCAGAAGUUUUUGAAGAGGGCUUAGGAACUUUUACGGGCCAAAGGCCAAGAUUCAUGUGGAAGUGGAUGCUGUGCCAAAAUUUUGCAAAGCACAACCGGUGCCAUAUGCCAUGA